UAUUGGCACAAAUAUGACUUUAAAGUCGCGAUCUAAGGUUUACAGUCGUUGGAUUUUAUUCUGAAAAUCGGUAACGGAAGCGGAAGUGGAAAAUGCAACGUCAUACUGUGUUUUCUACUAUUCCUCUAGCUUCAAAGAGUUGAAAUGUCAAAUUUGUGACUUAAAACAAUUUAUUUGGAUUUAGGAAACGGUAAAAUCUUGCUUUUUGUCCCCGGAAGGGAAACGCGUGUCUGGGCUGAACCCCAGGAACUGCAGCGCAGCAUCCGUCAUGGAGGAAGUGAGGAGGAGAGCUCAGGCGCUCCUGUCCUCCUCAGGCUCGGCUCAGGAGGUGAAGACUCAGGUCCAGAUCCUGGCCAGCAUGUCUCUGCCUCUGAGGGAGAAGUACCAGCUGCUGAGGGCAGAGGCCAUGCUGCAGGAGAACACUGCCGGCUGCAGCACACGGGAGGCCCUGGACUGUCUGAGUAGACUGGUCAAAGCCUUAGGAGUCCUGGAGAAGUACGGUUGCAACCUGACCACCCCGACCCGGCCCAGAUACUGGAGGAGCGUCAAGCACAACAACCCGGUCUUCAGAACCACGGUGGACGCCAUCAAAGGAGGCCGGAAAGUCCUUCAUCUCUACGGAUACACCAACCAGCAGGUAGACGGCCUGAGUUUUCCCGACGAUGUCGGCGAACCGGUCGCUGAAAAGGUGGCUGCAGUGACGCUGGAGGUGAUGAUGCUGCGCACAGAGGUGGACAUGCUGGUGAAGGACGUGCACCCCCACCCCGAACUCUUCAGAGACAUCGUCCCGUGUCUCACCCAGCAGGUCGGUGCGCAUUCCAGCAGCCAUGCAGGCAGUUCAGGAACAUCUUUAACUGAUACGAUGCUGAAAAGUGGGAGCGAGCCACAGGUGGAAGCUCCGGUUGCUCCAGAGGAGAAACCGCCGCCGCCCAAAGCUGAUCUGCAGGCGGAGUUUGCGGAGCUGAAGUUAGACUCCUCCAGCGACUGCGGUUUGUGCGGCAUGACGUCCUCUGUCCUUUGUUCGUCCUGCAACGGCCGCGCUUUCUGUGACACGUGCAACGACCUCUUCCACCGCCACCCCUCCAGAGCCAGCCACCAGAGAACCCAGAGAAAGGACCCCACCCAAGAGUCCUGCAUCAUCUGUGGCAUUUCUUCUGCCCACGUCCAGUGCUCCACCUGUGUCCAGAAGCUGUGCGUCAACUGCGACAAGCUCUUCCACACCCACCCUGACCGCCGAGGACACAGCAGGACCGCCAUUGGUCCGAACAAGGCAUGCAGCUCAUCUCCAUCAUCAUGGGAGUGCGCCCACUGCACCACGGUGAACGAUAUGCGAGCUGUCCUCUGCACAACCUGCGAUCGCCCUCGACUCGCCACGGCCGCGCCUAUUGUGCAAGACGGCUCUGUGUCUGCCCCCACGUCCCCGAACUCAGAAUGGCAGUGCAAGAGCUGCACCGUCCUGAACCAAGGCAGCAGCAUCCUCUGCGAGGUGUGCGAGCGCCCUCGCCUGGCCACGCGCCCGCCAGUCCCGCCGGUCCUGACGAGUCCCGGAUCUGUGUCAGACAGCGGAGCAAAGUGGACGUGUCAGUUCUGCACCUUCGUCAACACCAGGCCGUCAGCGCUCUGUGAGAUGUGCGGGCUGUCCUGUAAGGACUCUGCUGCCGUGUCUCUGCCGCAGUCUCUCCACCAGACGCCAUCCGUCCCGAAGAAGGCGCUUUCUCCAGGGGAGAAGCCGCAGCCGAAGCCCAGAGUUACCAUGGAGCUGAAGCGGCAGAAGAAGAUGAUGGAGGACGGACUCGCUCUCAUCCAGCAGAUCAGGGAAGCUGAGAAGCGCGGCGUGAGCCCAGAGGAGGUGUACGCCGCCCGCUUCCUGUGUGGCGGCAGCAACGUCAACCCCUGUGACUGGCUGACGUCGGAGCUUCCUCACCUGCUGGAUGAGGUCUGCGCCAUGGCAGCGUCGGUCCAGCUCAGCAGCCAGGCAGGCGGCACCGGGGCGCGCUCUGUGGUGGAUGGAGACGGAUGUGAGGCGCAGCAGGACGCAGCCGCCGAAGGCGUGAGGAUGUCCAGAGCAGAGGCCAAGCUGGCGUGGUUGGCAGCAGGAGGAGACACCGAGCGAGCCGCCAGACAGAUGCUAAGAGAUCGGAAGGUUAAGAUGAAGGAGCUCCACUCUCUGGGCUUUCGGGAUGUGGCUCAGUGUGAGGAGGCCCUGCGGCAGAGCGGGGGCCAGGUGAAGGGGGCCCUGUCCCUGCUGCAGCGCCCUCUGCUGGAGUCGUUCCACCAACGCAUCUGGACCGACCAGUCCGAACCACAGAUCGAUCCCAGAGCCCCAGACAAGCAGAGGAUGUGCAGACGUCUACUGGCGUUGUACGAUUUGCCCAGCUGGGGGCGCUGUGAGCUGGUGCUGUCUCUGCUCCUGGAGCCGGACGUCAGUUACUCCCUGGAGGACGUGGUCCAUGCCGUGAAGGAGUCACAUGACAAAGACUUCAUCCGGCGUCUGCUGAACAACGAAUGCCCCAUCUGUCUGAGCAUCUUCCCCCGCAGUAAGAUGCAGUCGCUGACCUCCUGCCAGUGCUCCGUCUGCCACGAGUGUUUCAGUCAGCACUUCACCGUGGCCAUCAGGGACAAACACAUCCGCGACAUGGUGUGUCCCGUGUGCGGCGAGCCCGACAUCAACGACCCCCAGCAGCUGGACAGCUACUUCUCCACGCUGGACAUCCAGCUGCGCGACUGCCUGCUGCACGACGUCUACGAGUUGUUCCACAAAAAGCUGACGGAGCACACGCUGAUGAAAGACCCCAAGUUCCUGUGGUGCUGCCAUUGCACCUCUGGGUUUAUCAACGAUGGAGACCAGCUGAAGGUCACCUGCCUCUCAUGCCACAAGAGUUUCUGCGCCAAAUGCAAGAAGGCGUGGGAGCCCCAACACCAGGACGUCUCCUGUGAGCAGUUCCAGCAGUGGAAGAGGGACAACGACCCGGAGUACCAGAAGCAGGGCCUGGCUGGUUACCUGAGAGACAACGGCAUCACCUGUCUCCAGUGCGGCUUCCAGUACGCGCUAACCAAGGGCGGCUGCAUGCACUUCACCUGCUCCCAGUGCAGGUACCAGUUCUGCAGCGGCUGCAACAACCCGUACCACAAGACUGCGUGCAAAGCUCCUCAGUGCAGUUACCCCGGUCUGCACGCCCACCACCCUCGGGACUGCCUCUUCUACCUGCGGGACUGGGAUGCGGCUCGGCUGCAGGCGCUGCUGCAGAGGAACAGAGUCGGCUACAACACGGAUCCGUCCAGCGGGGCUCAAACGGACGCCUGCGGCGUGAUGGAGCAGAAAGACGAGGGCGGGCAGCAGGUGGACUCUCCCUGCGGCGUCCAAACGCAGCCGGGUCAGGCGGGACUCUGCGACAAACACUACAGAGAGUACCUGGUGAGUCUGAUCAACGCUCACUCCCUGGAUCCUGCGCCGCUCUACCAAAGCCAGGAGCUGACCCGGGCCUGUGAGCGCUACCAGGUGGACACGCAGAGGGCAGAGGCGGAGGACGACAACGACUACCACGCCCGCCUGCUGAAGAAACUGAUGGAGGUUCCUCUGGGAGAGAAAGUUCCUCGAAAAACAUGAAGAAACGCAGCGGAAGUGGCAUCAGCUUGAGUUUUGUGUCUGUGAUGGAGGAUUGUCUCCCCUCACUGACGGCGUUUGCUCUUCUGUGGUCGUGUCUCGGCUUCAUGCCACGAAUCAUUUUCAUCUUUGAAGAUCUGAUCGUUCCGAUUUGACUGUCUAACCCGCUCAAUAAAAAUCAGGUGGAACCAUGAUUGUAGUUUCUUUAAAAUGUUGGAUUGACCUGAAUAAACCUGAAGUGAGAUUAUC